CAGAAACUGGCCUUCCACUUGCUCUUGCCUGAAAUCCAAGCUAGAGUCCCAGGCUCCUCCAGGGGACUGAGGCCACCAUGGCUCAGGAGAAGUCCCUCAUCCUGUUCCCACUGCUAGUCCUGGUGCUGUUAGUGCUGGGGUGGGUCCAGCCUUCCCUGGGCAAGGAAUCAUGGGCCAUGAUGUUCCAGCGGCAACACAUGGACCCAGAUGGCCCCAGCAGCAACUCCAACUACUGCAACCAAAUGAUGAGGCGCCAGCUUAUGACAGAGAGACAGUGCAAGCCAGUGAACACCUUCAUUCACGAGCCUCUGGUAGAUGUCCAGGCCAUUUGCCUCCAGGGAAAUAUCAUCUGCAAGAAUGGGAAGCCCAACUGCCACAAGAGCAGCUCCAGCAUGAAGAUCACGGACUGUCGUGUGAAGAGCAGCUCUGAGUACCCCUUCUGUGACUACGAGACCAGCCACAAAGAGAGGCACAUCAUCGUGGUCUGUGGGGGAAACCCGUACGUGCCCGUCCACUUUCAUGCUUCAGUAGAGGUCUCCACCUGA